UUUACUGUGGCUCCGUUUUCGUUUUGUUUUGUUGGUUUCUUUUUCUCUCGGGCGCGUUACCGGGAGGGGCAGAGGCCGGGUGUCUCCUCUAGGAGAGAGGUUCAGUGCCGGGUGGUGGAGCAUCUAGAAACAGUCCUGAAUGCGGGUUAUGGUUCUUUGAGUUCGAAAAUGCCGCGGGAGAUCCGCAGGCUGGUCGGAGGUCCGCACUCUGGUCCUCUGUCUGGGGGAGGGGGUGGGUUUCCGUGCCGUUACUGGAGCUUGAACUCGGCCUCCCUCGCCUACCGGCAGGGCCUCUUCCAGUUGAGCCGUACCUGCUGUGCAGCCUUUUUGCUGGUUAAUUGAAGCAUUUCUAUCCGGUCUCAUCCUCCCUCAGCAUCUAGGAGUUGAAAAACGGAGCCUGGGGAUCUUGGAUUUGUCGCGGCUUCCCCACUUCCUUCCCAUCAGCUAGUGUAGUCGCUAGUUGCUCAUUAUUUUAGGAACCUGAGAAGAUCAUUAAUUUGUACCUGGAGUAUCUCUUUGCAUCAUAUACUAAAAUGAAAGAAUCACCACUGGAAGAUGAGUGUGACAAAGCAAUGGCACUACAGCUGGAGCAGCUAGAUAAAAUUGAGACAGGAACCAACAGUGCUCAGGAAUCUUGUCAAUCCCAGCAACACAGAACUCAGGAGAGUGAGCUGAAAAACACAACAUUUUCAGACAAUGCUAUUCAAGUUUCCUGCUCUGGUUGUAAAAAAAUCCUCCAGAUGGGGCAAACUGCCUAUCAGAGGAAAGGGUCUACUCAGCUUUUCUGCUCUACACUGUGCAUCACUGAGUACAUUUCAUCUGCCAAUCCUUCACUUCCUACCAAGAGAACUUGCUCAAACUGCUCAAAAGAAAUUUUAAACCCGAAAGAUGUGAUCACUGUCCAGAUAGAAGAUAAUACUGUUGCCAAAAAUUAUUGCAGCCAGUCUUGUUUUAUGUCAUAUGAAGAAAAAAGAAAACCAUGUGUUACCACGUGUACUAAUAGAAUUUUGACCAAGUGCAGCAUAUGUCAAAAGACAGCUAUUAUUAAAUAUGAACUGAAAUACCAGAGCAUGAAACACAGUCUUUGUAGUGAUAACUGCUUUUCAAAGUUUCACUCUGUCAACAAUUUCAUCAUGAACUGUUGUAAGAACUGUGGAGCUUAUUGUUACACCAGCUCUAGUCUGUUGCGUCUGUUUCAAAUGGAAGGACAGCCUUGUAACUUGAGUAAUUGGAAGAAUAUUUCAGCACAUAAGCAGCUGCAGAAACUGGCCAAAACAUUUUGUGUGUCAUCAAAGCCAUCUUAUGAAGUAAUUGAGAUUACUAAUCACUUCGGGGAGACAGAGAUAUUCUGCUCUCUUAAUUGUUUAUCUGCACACAAAACUGUGGUGGAAUCUUCUACAGAUGUUGCCAUGGUGCAAGAUGCUUCAACAGAUCCUCUUUCUCCAAAGAAAGAAUCCAUUCCAGUUAUAAGCAACAUAGUAUCAUUAGCAGAUACUCAGGUUGCCCAGCCCAUCAUGAACAGUGAUCUCUUAGAAGGUACAGAUCCUUCAGUUGGGACAAAUGAGAUCACAGAUAUCUCUAAGAACUCACCCAGUGAAUCAAGUGAUGGUGUUGGUAAUAGAAUGGAACAGCCAAGCCUUUUACCAUCUUCUUCAGUACUCAGUCAGCAUAUAGUUGAUUCUAGUACAGAAGUACAGAUAGAUAAAGUCUCCAGCCAGGAUCCUACAUACACUGGGAAAUCUAUGAAAAGAAGUGAUGUUCUCUGUCACCUGAAAUUUACACCCAAAGUACAAAAAGUUGAAGAUAAACUACAAGAUAUUAGGAAAUCUCGGCAUGUAGAUUUCCAGCAUCUGGAGAACAGUAUUAAAAAAGAUAUGCCAUUUUGUUAUUUCUGCCACUUAUUCUACCAGAAAAAUUUUACCUGUAGGGAGGAGUCAUUUGCAACCCAAGGAGCUUGUAAUUGGAAAAGAUCUCUGGAAAAAUUCAGGAAGCAUGAAGAAAGCGAAAUGCAUUUGAAAGCAUUGCAACUUUGGAGGCAACACCAACUUUGUGAUGAAGCUAUCCAUGAUAAUUCAAAACAAGUUGAAGAUAAUAAAAAGUACCUAAAGCUCAUAGUUGAAAGUAUUUUAUUUCUUGGAAAGCAGUGCUUACCACUAAGAGGAAAUGGCCAGUCUGUUUCAUCUGUGAAUAAAGGCAAUUUUUUAGAAUUGUUAGAGAUGAGAACAAAAGAUAAAGAAGAAACGUUUCAACUUGGGAACUCAGAAGUUGACUUCUAUAAUAGUACACAGACACAAAUUGAUAUCAUUGAAAUAAUAAAGACUGAAAUGUUGCAGGAUAUUGUGAAUGAGAUCAAUGUCUCUUCAGCUUUUUCAGUAAUAUGUGAUGAGGCAACUGGCAGUUCCAUUAAGGGACAAUUUUCGAUUUGUGUAAGAUACGCACAGAAAACUUCAACAGCUAUCUUAAUUAAGGAAAGGUUUUUGGGUUUUAUUGAUAUUGAUGAGCUGACUGAGACCCACUUACAUAAGAGUAUCAAAACAUACCUGCAGCACCUUGGAAUUGACUUUAAUAAAAUAUCUGGCCAGGCCUAUGAUAGUACUACCAAUUUGAGGCUAAAGUUUAAUAAAAUGGCUACAGAAUUCAAGAAGGAUGAGCCAAAAGCUUUAUACAUGCAUUGUUAUGCACAUUUUUUUGAGUUUGCAGUAACUGGGUUUUGUAAGGAAAUAAAAGAACUUAGGAGUGUUCUAAAUACUCUCAAUUCUUUGUUUAACAUUAUUCAUGUAUCUGGAGAAAUGUUGGCAAAGUUUCAAAACAUUUUCAAGCUUGGUCAAGAUAAAACCUGCAAGAAACAUAUGUCACAAACAUGUUACAUAGUUCAUGAUGAUAUGUUAUUAUCUGUAAUCGAUGGUCUUCCAGAGAUUAUUGAAACACUGGCUUUCAUAUCAUGCCAUUCUUCAAACAGAAGUCUGGCUGGUGAAUUGAGUGACUUGUUGACAUUGAUUUCCAAAUUUGAAUUUAUCUUUUGUUUGAAAUUUCUAUAUCGAGUCCUUAGUGUUACAAAAAUUCUCUCCAGAGAGCUUCAGAGUGAAAACAUAGACAUUUUUUCUUUGUCUUCAAAAAUAGAAACAGUUUUGGAAUGUUUAGCCUAUGAAAGAAGUGAUGCAUAUUUUAAAAUUAUCUGGGAUGGAGCAGAGGAAAUAUGUAAAAAAGUAACCAUUAAAGGUUUUGAAGUUGAAAAACCUUCACUUCAAAAAAGAAGAAAAAUUCAGAAAACAGUAGAUCUUGGCAAUUCAGAUAGUAUGCUUUUUACUCCAUCAACAGAAGAACAAUAUAAAAUCAGUAUCUAUUACCAAGGAUUGGAUACUGUAUUACACAAUUUGAAGUUUUAUUUUUCAGAGUUUGAUUAUUGCAGAAUGAAGCAAAUUUCACAGCUGUUACUGAAAUGGAAUGAGCCAUUAAAUGAAACAGCAGCCAAACAUGUUCAAGAGUUUUGUAGCCUUGAUACAGACAUUGUCCCUGAACUUAGAUUUUAUCAGCAGUAUGCAAAGCGUAACUUCGUCACAUAUUCUGAUUCCAUCAACUUCAUCAACCUGCGCAAUUUAUUUAUUCAGCAUGGUCUUUACAAUAAUAUUCCUUGUAUCUCCAAGCUGUUACAUAUUGCUUUAUCUUGGCCAAUUACCUCACCAAGUGCUGAAAAUUCAUUUUCUUCACUUCCUCGCCUUAAAAGAUACCUAUUUCAUACCAUGGGACAAGAGAAGCAUAGUGGCCUGGCCCUGAUGGCUGUUGAGCAGGAAUUAGUAACUAAAUUGUUAGAGUAUGAAAGACUCAAUGGAAUUGUAGAAAAGUUUAUCAGUCAGAUAAAAGGUACAUAAUACUUGUAACUUUGAAUUUGUGUUACCCUAGUAAGGUUUGUUUUGUUUGUAACAGUUUCUGUUGCCUAGACUGGUGGUAGGUUUUGUGAGAUUAAGUGGUUAUCCCACUUCAGCCUCCUAAGUCCCUGGAUGAGAGUCUCAUCAAUGCUUUGGUCUUGAGAUCCUAGUUGUUGUUCAAAAUUAUGUCUCCUUUUUAUUUCCCAUUUUCUACUUUUUAUUUUAUAUUUUUAUAUCUUUUAAGAAAAAAUAUUUCCUAGACAAUAUAGCAAUUUGAAUUUAAAAAUUCAAGUUAUAGAAUGACAGUGAAGUCUCAUUCCCUUCAUUAUUUAGUACUCAGUUCCACUACCUGCGUUUGUGUCUGUUUCUUUAAAUAUAUUUACAGAAAUACUUGUCAUAAGUAAUAAGGUAUCAUAUACACUUUCUUCACUUGUCCUUUCCAUGUAAUGAGUGUUUUAAACUUGAAGGCUUUUAGUUCUUGAAACUGGGUCUCACUGUGUUGCUGAGACUAACUUUGAAACUCAUAGACUUAAUUAGACCUGCUUCAAGCUGAAAUUAUAUGUAUAGCCAUGCACUACCAUGCCCAGAUUGUGCUGCUCUGUGUGUGCGUGUGUGCAUGCGUGCGUUUCAUUCCUAUAUAACCCAGCCUGGCCUCAAAGUUAAGGGCUUCAGUCCUCCUGCCCUAACCUGGAGUGCUGAGACUAUAGCACUAUUAUACCCAAAUUAGGAGUGGGUAUCUUUUUUUUCUUUUUGUGUGUUUGACCAGAGGGUGUCUUUUUUUUUUUUUUUAACUCAAAGCUAAUCUUAAACUCAUGGGGUCGAGCAGUCCUGCCUUAACCUUAAGUGCUGAAACUACAGCACUACCAUGCCCAGAUUGUGGGUCUUUUUCUUUUUUUGUAUGGCAGGACCUUGUUAUGUUGUCCAGGCUGCCCUCAAGCUCACAGUUUAAUAACACAGGCAUGUCCAUGGGCAUGCCCAUUUGUGUGUGUGUGUGUGUGUGUGUGUGUGUGUGUGUCUGUUCUUGUGUGUGAAACAAAGUCUACUGUCGUUUACACUGGCCUUAAAUGAAUGGGCUCAACACAAUCCUACCUCAACCUUUUGGGUGCUGCAACUACAGACAUGUACUACAUACCGAGUUUCUUUACAUUUAUUUUUAUUUUUGUGGGUUUUUUUUAUACUUGGUGAAUAGGUCUCAUGUAGCCCAGACUGGUCCCAAACUCAGAAUCAUCAUCCCUGACCCUCAUAAUUAUAUAAAAAGUACACUUUUUGAUACUGGCAGAUUGCUUUAAGGAUUGGCCAAUAUAUAGUCCCAACCAAAAUGUGCAAGAAUCAGUGUUUACUCAAAUUACUCAAUAGAAUAUGGAAUAGAAUGUGGAAGAUUGGGUAACUGCCCCAUUUGGGUCAUUUGUAUUUCUUUGAACUGUUAAGUCCAACUGGAUGGUAACAAAAAUAAGAUGUGUUGUGAAAAAUCUGACAUUUCAAGUAACCUGAAGCAAAUGAGCGUCUUGUUUCAUUUUGUAAAAAAGUUU